AUGGCUCCUCGAAAAGGCAAAGAGACUCUGCUUGAGCUCUGCACCGCAACGACGACCCUGGGAAAUACCAUUGCAGUACAUGUUGUCGAGUACCUGUCAACGGCGAAAUCCCCCUCCCAUGGCUUCAAGGAGCUCGCCGUCGACUUUCUGGAGACCAGCCGCAUUCUCUUCCCAGCCAAGGCCGGACUGACAGAGACUGCACGAACUGGCACUCAAUUCCCUUCAGAUAUCACACAGGAGCUCAGGGAACGAUUUCACCAAACGAAUACUGUAUUCGUGGUUCUGAAUCAGCUCGUGAACAAGUUUCUCGAAAAUGAACGAAAGCAGGGCUUCGGAAAGCUUGGAAAGGGAUUCCGCAUGAUGUUUGCCGACAUCGAAAAGAUGCGAAUGUCCUUGACCCAAUGUCGCGCUGCUCUGAGGAUGAGUGCCUUGGUGUUCACAUGGACCCUGGGAGAGGACAAAGUUGACGCGGCCUCAAGCAUUGGUUAUACUGCUCUCGCAGCUGUACUGGGUCUUUCAGAGCCACAAAAGGGAAAGAGCGACAGGUCGGAUGCUCCGCCACGAUACCCAAAUGGUCUGCCACUAUCGCCAGAGCCAAAGUCGCCACGACUUCCACUUGAGAGGCACACAACACUGAACUCUUCCCAUCCGAGCACGCACCAUCAUCAUGCACUGGACAGCUCCUACCCGGAUCGUGAAAGCUCAUUUGGUCCCAUUUUUACCUAUCCGCAUCCAAUGCAACAUGGCAAGACACAACUUUCACACCAGUAUAGCAAACGCAGCUCCGUAAUAGAAAUUGCUCUCGAUAAUGCUUCCGAUGUCACGAGGAGUGCAUCUUUGCAUGACGAUCACGACUUCGAUAUCCAGAUCCCAAAGACCGCUGCCCGCGUGACAGCCGACCCAUCAGCUGUACACAGACGUCAACCCAGCCAUUAUACGGGGGAGCCCACACCAGCAUCCAAGAUGGCUCUUGUAACAGCAGUACAGCAGAAGAACUCGCGAGUAGUUGAGCAGCUGCUGGAAUCUGGUGUUCCUGCCGACAACGGAGUCGAAUGCAAUUUGCUCCGCGUGGCUGUCACAAACCACGAUCUUCCUACUGUACACCUUCUCCUCCUAUUUGGCGCCGAUCCUAACGCAAAGGACAAGGACGGCUUCACACCUUUGCAUGCCGCGACAGAGGUGUCGUUCUACGACGCUGCACAGCUCCUUGUGAAAUACUGCGCAGAUCCAAAUAUCAGUGCCGGUUCAAAUGGAGUGAAUCCCUUCGCCGUGGCAUUGACCAAUCACAAGAGCCAUUUUGCACAGCUCUUCCUCUGCUACGGUGCGGAACCGGAUUUGAUGAUGUUGGGCGGCAACACACCAUUCUUGCUAUCGAUCGACAAGUCCAUACCGAUUGGCCUGAUCGAGCUUAUGUUGGUGUACGAGGCCAAUCCCAACUGCAAGAACGGCCAAGGCGAGACUGCACUUUUCAAGGCAAUCAACGCACAGCGUCUUGACAUCGUCGCUCUUCUUCUUGAUCACGGCGCUGACCCCAAUCUUCCUGGUCCCAAGCAUAUGCUCUGGCCCUCAGUCCACCAUCCACGCAUCUUGGAGUUGAUGUUGCAGCGUGGCGCAAAUGUCACGCGUGCUCCUGGCUGCCUUGAACUCUCAACCUCAAUCAACAAAUUCGAGUCCGUGGACAUUCUCCUCAAGCACGGCGCAGAUCCAAAUACCAAGAAGGAUGGGAUCUUCACACCACUGUGCACUGCUAUCCGAGAUGAUCGAAGCAACUUGGUUGAUAUCCUGAUCGCUGCCGGUGCUGAUCCGAAUCUCAAGGCAAGCGAGUAUCCUGCGUUCAAGUGCGUCACGCAUCAUCGUGCGCAUCUUCUGCCAAGAGUAUUGGCUGCAGGUGCAGAUCCGAGCACACCAAAGGGUAUCAUCGAGACAGCGGUUGCACACAACAAUAAAGAGGCUUUGAUCUACUUGCUGGAACAGCGCGUGGAUCCUAACGCCCGGACUCCAGCGGGCGACACAGCUCUUACAACUGCAAUCAGACAUAACCGCAUCGAUCUCAUCGACAUCCUCCUCGCCCACGGCGCUGACCCAGCUGUCCACGGUCAAGACUGGCCUGUGAGUAUGGCCGUCAAACACCCCCAGAUUUUGGCAAAGCUUCUGCCGAAAAUUAGUGUCAGCAAGAUCAACAAGGGCUCUCUCGAAAUGGCCGUGGUGGCAAACCAGUUGGAAAGCGUCAAGCUUCUCCUCGCGAAGGGCAUGAGUGUGGAGGAUAAGAACGGCGGCGUCUUUAGUCCACUCACGACCUCGAUCCGUGAGGACCGCAAGGACAUUUUCUACUACCUCGUCGACGAGGCUGGUGCAGACCCGAACGCGCCAGGAGAGCAUCUGCCCAUCAUCAAGGCGAUUCGCCGCCAUCGCGAGCAUGACCUUUCGUAUAUCGAGCAUCUGCUAGCCAAGGGUGCGGACAUCAAUCUCAUGUACCGUGGCUGGAAUGCAGUCCUUCAGGCACUGGACAAUGGCGACACUGAGAUCCUCAAGCUGCUUGCCAAAAUGGGCAACCCUGAUCUGAGUGCUCGAGAUGAAAAUGAUCGAAGUGUCUUGGAGAUCAUGCAGGAGCGUGGCCUUGAAGAAGAGGCUACGACACUGCUUGGCGGCAGAAGUCCGUCCCCACAGAUGAAGAAGGCACUCAGUCAACUGAGAGGCUUGGUCGUGCAAUAGGAACUCGGGGAGCGAAUGGAGCAAGAGGCGUUUGAUGUUCGAUGGUCGCAGGGUUCUGUUUUGCGAGGAAGCUUCCAUUGGCGUUCCAUACCUCGUCGCUGAUUGCUUGCUGGGAUGCUAUGGGUACAGAUUGACAUUGGAGUCUUCCUCUGACAUUGGCGAUUUGACAAGGGAUACCUCUACUGCGAAACUGCAUCUCGUAUGUUUUCGAUAGAUUGAUUAAUAAUGAACAUUUGGAAAGUUGAACCAC